UGGCGCUCUGCUGCUGUGGGACUGCAUGGUUGGCGAACAUCCGUGUCUCAUCAAUCUGAACUUGUUGCAGGAAUCAUGUCCUCAAGGCAUGCAGCAUAAGCGUCGUGGCAGUAAACAUUGAGAGAGUGCAAGAAGGUAGAGAAGUCAAGCAUGGAGGUAACAGCAUCGUGCUUGUCUUACCUAUGUACCUCAGAGGAGGGGUCUGUCCCAAUGAGCGACCGGUAAGAGCAUCAGCCGAGUACCGUCAGGUUAACAGCGGUGGUCGCAGGUCACAGCUCUGUCACCCAGAUGCAGAAGGCCAGACGCUGUCCUGUCGGUGGAUCUUCCCGGCAGUCUGCAUGUACAUGUGCGUGUGCGUGCAGGCGGUCAUGACGUCGCCGCACAAACGUAGACAUCUCGUAUUGAGUGGCAUUGGAGAUGGCGUUCCUGGAGAGACGCUGCGGUCCAUGUUCAUUCUGCUGACGGAGCCCGUGAAGUCAACUUUACCCUGUCCUCUCAGAGACGACAAUCGCAGUCAAGCGCCAUUGUGAGGGAGAGAUGUAUCAACCUGCUCGUCGGCAAGAUGAACCGUCACAGCUUCUCUCAUAUACAUCCAAGCACCCACACUCUACCUUUACGUUCUCGCUGAAUUCUGGACAGUCACCAACAUAUAAUCACACAAUGUUCCGC